AUGGCCUCGAUUAAGAAGAUGACCACCAACCUUCCUGCGGCUGCCCCUCCGCCCAAAAGCUUGCUUGGCUAUCAUCGCCAGUUGUCUCCCACAGCUGCAGUCAAGGUCAGUCCCCUCUGCCUUGGAGGCAUGGGAUUUGGAACAGCAUGGGAAGACAUUAUGGGCAGCUGCGACAAAGAAGCGUCUUUUGAGUUGAUGGAUUACUUUUACAGCCAAGGAGGCAACUUCAUUGAUACAGCGGGCAACUACCAAUGCGGAGAGUCUGAGGCAAUCAUUGGCGAAUGGAUGAAAGCACGAAACAACCGAGAGGAAAUCAUCGUGGCUACCAAGUAUACGUCUGCUUGGCAGUUACACAACCAGGAUACAAAGAUUCAGUCGAAUUAUGGCGGAAACAACAAGAAGUCUCUGGUGCUAUCUAUUGAAGCGAGUCUCAAGGCACUGCAAACGUCAUACAUUGAUUUGUACUAUGUCCACACCUGGGACUUCACGACCAGCAUCCCAGAACUCAUGCACUCUCUACACAAUCUCGUUGCAGCCGGAAAAAUUCUCUAUCUGGGCAUUUCUAACACCCCGGCAUGGGUUGUCGCCAAGGCCAAUGAGUACGCUCGCCAGAAGGGAUUGACUCAAUUCUCUGUCUUCCAAGGGCAGUGGAAUGCUGCCGAGCGAGAAAUCGAGCGCGAGAUUGUCCCCAUGUGCAUUGACGAUGGUAUUGCCCUGGCACCCUUUGGUGUCUUGGGAAUGGGCUACUUUCGUACUUCAGCCCAGCGAGAGGCUGAGAAACAACAAGAGGCUAGAGAGGGCCGCAAGGUCCCUUUCGUCGAUAAGCCCCAGAAGACAGUCAUGGCCGAUACUCUGGAGAAGUUGGCUUUGGCUCGCGGCACGUCCAUUACUAGCAUAGCCUUGGCCUGGGCUAGAACCAGGGCUCCAUAUGUCUUCCCUAUUGUGGGUGGUCGCAAGACUGAACACCUCAAGGCUAACAUUGAAGCACUGGGCAUCGAUCUGACAGAGGAAGAAAAGAAUGCGAUUGAGAAUGCCGUACCAUUCGAUUUUGGAUAUCCUCAGACAUUUUUGGGUGGACCAAAGGGCACUCAGUAUGCGAAGGAUGCUUGGACAACGAAGAGAAUGGGACACUUUGAUUGGGUGUCACCACCACAGGCGCCCAAACCCCAUCCUUUGUAA